AUGUCUCUGGCUGAGACGUACAGAACUCGGAGCAUCGGAGACCGUGACAGACACAAACCGCAAGACUAGCUAACGUCGAAGCAAGUGAUAAUGACGGCCCCGUGCAUGUGCUCUCACAACUUCAUUCCUUGAGACCCAUCAUUCCAGUGAAGGACGACUGUUAUUCCACACGGACAUUUGGUGAUAAUGACGAAAUAAACCGCUUCCUGCUCACUCAACCCUCCGCAGACCGUCUCUAAACCCGCAGCUUUGCCCCGUCAAAGUUCAAAAAGUGACUUUCCCCCCCCCCCCCACCCCCACCCCCCCCCCUCGAGACGCCGAGCCCUGCCCUUCCAGCCAGCCAACUAGAAAAGACGUUCCACCCCUCGCCCCUUGUUUCGCUUUAUCAAAUGCCCAAAAACAGCAAGGCCGUCAAGAGAGAGCUUGGCGACGAUGUCACGGAGUCUGUCAAGGACCUGCUUUCCAACGAGGACGGCUGCGACGAUGCCUUCAAGAAGAGCUCGCUGAUCGUCGACAACCAUGACGGGGAAGGGAAAGAGUGCGACGUGGAGGAAGGCGGCUCGGACGGAGAGGAGGAGGAGGAGGAACGCCCGGCCUGGAACAGCAAGCUCCAGUACAUCCUGGCCCAGGUCGGCUUCUCUGUAGGCCUGGGCAACGUCUGGAGGUUCCCCUACCUGUGUCAGAAGAACGGAGGGGGAGCGUACCUGGUGCCCUACCUCAUCCUGCUGAUACUGAUCGGCAUCCCGCUGUUCUUCCUGGAGCUCGCGGUGGGACAGCGGAUCCGCAGGGGCAGCAUCGGGGUGUGGAACUACAUCAGCCCUCGGCUGGGGGGCAUCGGCUUCGCCAGCUGCAUGGUGUGCUUCUUCGUGGCUCUCUACUACAACGUCAUCAUCGGCUGGAGUCUCUUCUAUUUCUCCCAGUCCUUCCAGCAGCCUCUGCCGUGGCACGAGUGUCCGCUCGUCAAGAACAAGAACAGCACAUAUGUGGAGCCGGAGUGCGACAAGAGCUCGGCCACCACCUACUACUGGUACCGCGAGGCCCUGAACAUCUCUGACAGCAUCUCUGAGGGUGGAGGACUCAACUGGAAGAUGACCUUGUGCCUGCUGUUUGCCUGGUCCAUGGUUUGCCUCGCCAUGAUCAAGGGAAUUCAGUCUUCUGGGAAGGUGAUGUACUUCAGCUCCCUGUUCCCGUACGUGGUGUUGAUCUGCUUCCUGGUCCGCGCUCUGCUGCUGAAGGGCUCCGUGGAUGGGAUUCGACACAUGUUCACACCCAAGUUGGAGAUCAUGUUGGAGGCCAAGGUGUGGCGAGAGGCGGCCACGCAGGUCUUCUUCGCCCUGGGCCUCGGCUUCGGCGGCGUCAUCGCCUUCUCCAGCUACAACAAGCGGGACAACAACUGCCACUUCGACGCCGUCUUGGUGUCUUUUAUCAAUUUCUUCACCUCCGUGCUGGCCACCCUGGUGGUGUUUGCGGUGCUGGGCUUCAAAGCCAACAUAAUGAUCGGCAAGUGUGUCGCACUAAACACUAACAAGAUUGUGGGGUUGUUGGGGAGCGACAUUGAUAGAAGCCUGAUCCCUCAGCACAUCAACCUCACUAACGUUAGCCAAGUCAGUGCUGAGGACUACCAUCAGAUGAUCUCGAUCAUCAACGGGGUGAAGGAAGGCCAGUAUGUCAAGCUGGGCCUGGAGUCCUGCAGCAUCGAGGAGGAGCUCAAUAAGGCGGUCCAAGGCACAGGCUUGGCCUUCAUUGCCUUCACAGAGGCCAUGACCCACUUCCCGGGCUCGCCCUUCUGGUCCGUCAUGUUCUUCCUCAUGCUGGUCAACCUCGGCCUGGGCAGCAUGUUCGGCACCAUCGAGGGCAUCCUCACUCCGCUGAUCGACACCUUCAAAGUCCGCAAGGAAUUCCUCACAGUGGGAUGCUGCGUGUUGGCCUUCUCCAUCGGCCUCCUGUUCGUUCAGCGCUCAGGGAACUACUUCGUGACCAUGUUCGACGACUACUCGGCCACCCUGCCUCUGCUCAUCGUGGUCAUACUGGAGAACGUGGCGGUCGCCUGGGUCUACGGGAUCGAUAAGUUCUUUGAAGACCUGAAGGACAUGCUGGGCUUCACGCCGUACCGGUUCUACUACUACAUGUGGAAGUUCAUCACACCCUUCCUGCUGCUGGUCCUCCUGGCCGCCAGCUUCAUCCAGCUGUCCAUGACGCCGCCCAGCUACAGUGCCUGGAUACAGGAAGAGGCCAAAGAGCAGAAGGUGAACUUCCCUCCGUGGGGCACCGCGGUCUGCAUCUCCCUGAUAGUGAUGGCCAUCCUGCCCGUGCCCGUGGUCUUCUGCCUGCGCUACUUCAACAUCGUCGACGACGGCGCCAGCGGCAUCUCCACCGUCUCCUACAAGAAGGGCCGCAUCAUCAAGGAGGCCGCCCGGCCGGGGGAGGACGACGACACCAGCCUGAUCCAGGGCAAGUCGCCCAGCGAGGCGCCGUCGCCGAUGCCUGGCAACAGCAUCUACCGCAAGCAGAGCGGCGGCGGCCCCGAUGCGGACACCGCACCCAACGGCCGCUACGGUAUCGGUUACUUGAUGGCCGACAUGCCGGACAUGCCCGAGUCGGACUUAUAGACUGACCGGCUGGUCACUCCUCCCCCCCCACCCCUCUGUGUGCGUUUAGUUGGUAUCAUACAUGUAUAUUUCACUUGUACUGUAUAUUCUCUGUAGAUAUCGUAGCUGCUCUUAUUUGUCGUCUCUGAACCUUACAUGACUGUCCACCUUUAAAAAUAAAGAAAAUAAAAUCCUUGUCACCCACUUGCUUGGUUGGUUGUGUCUCAAACUCCUCUCCAUCUCCUGCUCCCUCUGCUACCGGAGAGCGUCGUCAGGAUAGUUGUGAGCAAUAAGGUGGACGCUCCACCAGGCCUACUUGAAACAGCAAAGAGGAGUCUGCAAAAGGAGCAAGGGGGGGUGAUGUUUGGGACCGCACCCGUGUCUGUGGGCAGUGUAGAUGAAGCCAGCUUUGAGUCAUGCUGUAAAAUAUGGUUGUGUACAUUAUGACCCCUCCCCUCCCUCGCUUCCGGCUGGCCAACGAGUCAGUUCAGCCGCUCCUGGACGGCGAUUUUUUGUUUCUCGGUGAAAGUUCAGGUCCAACUAUUUCAAACAGCGAGAGGAGGGCCUUUAAAAACCUUUCCCAUGAUUGUUUCAGACAAAAGUGUGCCUAAGUCAUUUAUAGAAUACAUAACGGACGUUGUAUAUUUAAGGUAUUCUGUAAAAUAUAAAUAUAUUUAUCUCGAUAGUUUGGAUAACCAUGUUUUUUCAAGGUUCAGAAGCACUUCAAAUCCUUAACUCUCGUGUCUUUGUUUUUUACUAAUGUUGCUGUCGAUGUCUGUGAGGACAGAGUCCUCCUUGUACAUAAUGUUUUCCAUGAAAUGGCUUCAAUUGCGAUGUCUUUUUUUUUCCCGUCAAAAAUUAAAGAUCAAAUAUGAUCCAUA